AUGGAUUGCUUUUUGAUCUCUCAUUUGCAUUAUUUGGUAGCUCUGGCAGAAGUCUUGGCAGCAAUUACCAAUCUCCUAAAGAAAUAUGAGUCGGGUUUGCAGAUUAAGAAAAUUCAGAAAUUCUUGCUUGCCACACAUGGAAUCGAUCUAGAGACGUUCAGCAUCGCCAAAGGCUAUAAGGACAUCCUGACGUUUUUGGACGACCAGAUGCCUAACCUAAGAAUCAAACGUCAAGGGAAGUCGCUCAAAUGUGUUGUUCAACUUUCUGAAGACUUAACAAUUGCUUCAGUGCCAAUCUGUAGCAUCCUGCAAUUAUAUCCUAAUGGCUUGAAGUUGAAGAAGCUAAAAGAGGCAGUAAAGAAGAAAUGCGGAUAUGACCUGGAGGUGUUUUGCUCUCAGCUGGGCUAUGAGGAUGUGGUUUCCUGCCUGCAGGAGAUUCCUGAGCUGAUAAUAAAAAAAAGCAAAAACGUGAAUUGUAUUGUUCAACUUCAGUCAGAUUCCUCCACUCCUGCUUCCUCUCUUGAUAGUGAUUUUUCUGAAAACAGUGCAAGCGCUCUCUCCCAGACGCUGGUGUUUAAGAAGACUGAUCUGACUGCUGCUUUGGUGCCAGUCGUAGAUGUUCUCAGUGGAUAUCCCUGUGGUAUGACUCUAAACACCUUAAAGGAGAAUUUGGAAAAAAAACAUGGAUUUGACUUGGAGGCUUUCAGCCAAAAAGCAGGCUACAGUGAUGCGAUACCAUGUUUGCUGACUCUGCCGGGACUUCAUUUGUCUUUCUGGAAUGAGCAGCAGCCCCAUGACUGUGUCAUUAUGCUUCUUUCAAGUGGCCAUGCUGUUCCUCACCUGUCACAUAGUUCUGAAAUUCUUUUGCAUAAAGACCUUUCAUCCAGUGGAUCAAACCUUUCUCAAGAGCUGAUGGAAACAAAGCCAAGUGAGAUGUUUUGUUAUGGUUUUGUUUUAAACAUGAUCAGAUCCUUAGGGACAUUUAUUAUUCAAACUUCAAAUAGCCUUAUUGUACCCUACAAUAUGCCACAGGUACUAGGAUCACUAGAGGUUUUCUGUUAUUUGUCAACACUAUGCAUUAAUUAGAACUGGAUUGAUGUC